AUGGCGGAUCGGACGGCUCCCAGCGGCCAGCUCCGGCUGGAGUGGGUGUACGGGUACCGGGGUCACCAGUGCCGCAACAACCUGUACUACACGGCCGGCAAGGAGGUGGUCUACUUUGUGGCUGGGGUCGGGGUGGUUUACAACACCCGCGAACACAGCCAAAAAUUCUUCUUGGGACACAACGACGACAUUAUCAGCCUUGCCUUACAUCCAGACAAAACUCUCGUUGCAACUGGUCAAGUCGGGAAGGAGCCAUAUGUAUGCAUAUGGGAUUCCUAUAACAUCCAGACUGUGUCUAUUCUUAAAGAUGUCCAUACACAUGGAGUCGCCUGCCUGGCUUUCGACUCAGAUGGACAGCGCUUAGCCUCUGUGGGAUUGGAUGUUAGAGUCUUGGCAAUUGGACUGGUAUCUGGAAGAAGGGGAAAACAUCACAUGAUCAACAUAGCAACUUUUAAUUUUUUUGGACAGAUUUUUGAUAUUUCCUGGGAUCCAUAUCAGCCAAACAGAGUGGUGAGCUGUGGAGUAAAACAUAUAAAGUUUUGGACACUAUGUGGAAAUGCCCUGACUGCAAAAAGAGGGAUAUUUGGCAAAACGGGAGAUCUUCAGACCAUCCUUUGCCUUGCAUGUGCCAAAGAAGACAUCACCUACUCUGGUGCUUUAAAUGGUGACAUCUAUGUCUGGAAAGGGCUCAAUUUAGUGCGCACCAUUCAAGGAGCGCAUAGUGCUGGAAUCUUUAGCAUGUAUGCUUGCGAAGAAGGCUUUGCCACUGGUGGGCGAGAUGGGUGUAUUCGACUAUGGGACACUGAUUUCAAACCAAUAACCAAAAUUGAUCUCAGGGAGACAGAACAGGGAUAUAAAGGCCUCUCUAUUCGGAGUGUGUGCUGGAAAGCAGACCGCCUUCUAGCCGGGACCCAGGACAGCGAGAUAUUUGAAGUGAUUGUGCGAGAGAGAGACAAGCCGAUGUUGAUCCUGCAGGGCCACUGUGAGGGGGAGCUCUGGGCUCUGGCCCUGCACCCCAAGAAGCCUCUGGCUGUGACAGGCAGCGAUGACCGCUCUGUCAGGCUGUGGAGCCUGGCUGACCAUGCCUUGAUCGCCCGCUGUAACAUGGAGGAAGCGGUUCGCAGUGUCGCUUUCAGCCCCGAUGGAUCUCAGUUGGCCCUGGGCAUGAAGGAUGGCUCUUUCAUUGUUCUCCGAGUCAGAGAUAUGACAGAAGUGGUUCAUAUCAAAGAUCGAAAAGAAGUCAUUCAUGAAAUGAAAUUUUCUCCCGAUGGUUCUUACCUCGCAGUGGGAUCCAACGAUGGUCCAGUAGAUGUGUAUGCUGUUGCCCAGCGGUAUAAGAAAAUUGGAGAAUGCAAUAAGUCCCUUAGUUUCAUUACGCACAUCGACUGGUCCUUGGAUAGUAAAUACUUGCAAACUAAUGACGGUGCGGGAGAACGUUUGUUCUACAAGAUGCCAUCUGGGAAGCCUUUAACAAGUAAAGAAGAAAUCAAAGGGAUUCCCUGGGCAUCCUGGACAUGUGUGAAAGGCCCUGAAGUGAGUGGAAUUUGGCCGAAAUACACUGAGGUCACUGACAUCAAUUCAGUGGAUGCAAAUUACAACAGCUCAGUGCUGGUGUCUGGAGAUGAUUUUGGACUAGUUAAAUUGUUUAAAUUUCCUACUCUCAAGAAAGGAGCCAAAUUUAGAAAGUAUGUGGGCCAUUCUGCACAUGUCACAAACGUCCGCUGGUCCCAUGACUUUCAGUGGGUGUUAAGCACAGGAGGGGCUGACCACUCGGUUUUCCAGUGGAGGUUUAUUCCGGAAGAUGUCAGCAACGGCAUGUUGGAAACUGCACCCCAGGAAGGUGGCACUGAUUCCUACAGUGAAGAAUCUGAUUCAGAUUUAUCUGAUGUGCCCGAGUUGGACUCUGAUAUUGAGCAAGAAACUCAAAUCAAUUAUGAUCGCCAAGUUUACAAAGAAGAUCUACCUCAGCUAAAGCAACAAAGUAAAGAGAAAAACCACGCAGUGCCCUUCCUCAAGCGAGAAAAGGCUCCUGAGGACAGCUUGAAACUCCAGUUCAUACAUGGUUAUAGAGGCUACGACUGUAGAAACAAUCUGUUCUACACACAAGCUGGAGAAGUGGUCUACCACAUUGCUGCAGUUGCUGUCGUGUACAACAGGCAGCAGCACUCCCAGAGGCUGUACCUGGGGCACGAUGAUGACAUUCUCAGCCUGACCAUCCAUCCAGUGAAGGACUAUGUGGCCACUGGGCAGGUUGGAAGAGAUGCUGCUAUUCAUGUGUGGGACACACAAACUCUAAAAUGUUUGUCACUAUUGAAAGGACAACAUCAGAGAGGAGUAUGUGCACUCGAUUUUUCAGCCGAUGGAAAAUGUCUGGUGUCGGUUGGUUUAGAGGAUUUUCACAGUAUUGUAUUUUGGGACUGGAAAAAGGGAGAAAAGAUAGCAACAACAAGAGGACAUAAAGAUAAGAUAUUUGUGGUAAAGUGUAACCCACACCAUGUUGACAAAUUGGUUACAGUUGGGAUGAAGCACAUCAAAUUUUGGCAACAAGCAGGUGGGGGCUUCACCUCUAAGAGAGGAAUUUUUGGAAGUGUCGGAAAAUUGGAAACAAUGAUGUGUGUUUCUUAUGGGCGAAUGGAAGAUCUGGUGUUUUCAGGAGCAGCUACUGGAGAUAUUUUUAUAUGGAAAGAUAUCCUACUACUAAAGACAGUGAAAGCUCAUGAUGGGCCUGUGUUUGCUAUGUAUGCAUUGGAUAAGGGCUUUGUAACAGGUGGAAAGGAUGGAAUUGUGGAGCUCUGGGAUGAUAUGUUUGAAAGAUGCUUGAAGACUUAUGCCAUCAAAAGAGCAGCGUUGUCAACGAGCUCAAAAGGCUUGCUUUUGGAAGAUAACCCUUCAAUUCGUGCCAUCACUUUGGGACAUGGGCAUAUCCUGGUGGGAACAAAAAAUGGAGAGAUUCUGGAAAUCGAUAAGAGUGGCCCAAUGACGCUGCUUGUUCAGGGGCACAUGGAAGGAGAAGUGUGGGGGUUGGCAGCUCACCCGCUCCUGCCCAUCUGUGCAACAGUGAGCGAUGAUAAAACGCUUCGGAUCUGGGAAUUAUCCUCCCAGCACCGCAUGCUGGCAGUACGGAAACUCAAAAAAGGUGGUAGAUGUUGUGCCUUUUCCCCUGAUGGGAAAGCCUUAGCAGUUGGCUUGAAUGAUGGCAGUUUCCUGGUCGUAAAUGCUGACACUGUUGAAGAUAUGGUCUCCUUUCAUCACAGAAAAGAAAUGAUCUCUGAUAUUAAAUUUUCAAAAGAUACAGGAAAAUACCUUGCCGUGGCAUCCCAUGAUAACUUUGUGGAUAUUUACAACGUACUUACAAGCAAAAGGGUUGGCAUCUGUAAAGGUGCUUCUAGUUAUAUUACACAUAUUGACUGGGACUCUAGAGGAAAAUUGUUGCAAGUUAAUUCAGGUGCCAAAGAACAACUUUUUUUUGAAGCUCCAAGAGGCAAACGGCAUAUAAUAAGACCUUCAGAGAUUGAGAAGAUAGAGUGGGACACAUGGACCUGUGUCCUGGGGCCCACCUGUGAGGGAAUCUGGCCAGCACACAGUGACGUGACUGAUGUAAAUGCCGCCAGUCUUACCAAAGACUGUUCCCUCUUAGCCACUGGAGAUGAUUUUGGUUUCGUUAAGCUUUUUUCAUAUCCUGUCAAG